AUGAUGUUGGAGAUGUGUCGGAGGCCAUUGGAGAAGUGCUUUGGAGGAGGAGAUGGUGGAGAUGGGCUCCUUUGGCACAUGGACCUCAAGCCCCACUCUUCUGGGGACUAUUCGAUCGCAGUGGUUCAAGCCAAUUCGGCUUUGGAAGACCAGGGACAGGUGUUCACAUCCCCUUACGCCACGUAUAUUGGGGUCUAUGAUGGCCAUGGUGGCCCUGAAGCUUCUCGCUUCAUCACCAAUCGCCUCUUCCCCUUCCUUGACAAGUUUUCAAUUGAACAAGGUGGACUGUCAGAGGAUGUGAUAAGGAAGGCAUUUGAUGCAACUGAGGAAGAGUUCUUGGACUUGGUUAAGACAUCAUGGCCUGUCCGGCCGCAGAUUGCUUCCGUAGGUUCAUGUUGUUUGGUUGGCGCAAUUUCAAAUGGUGUUUUAUAUGUUGCUAAUCUUGGAGAUUCGAGGGCAGUUCUUGGCCGGAGAGCAUCAGAAGGGCAGGCGGUUGUGGCAGAGCGAUUGUCUACAGAUCACAAUGUUGCAGUGGAGGAAGUGAGGAAGGAGGUUAAGGAUCUUCACCCUGAUGAUGCACACAUUGUGGUGUACACUCGUGGAGUUUGGCGAAUUAAGGGCAUUAUUCAGGUGUCAAGGUCAAUUGGUGACGUCUACUUGAAGAAACCUGAGUUUAACAGAGAUCCGCUUUUCCACCAUUUCGGUAUACCUGUUCCUUUAAAGAGGCCUGUUAUGACAGCAGAACCCUCGAUAUUAGUUCGGAAGUUACAGCCACAGGACAUGUUUUUGAUAUUUGCAACAGAUGGUCUCUGGGAGCAUUUGAGUGAUGAAGCAGCUGUUAAAAUCGUCUCAAAGAAUUCAAGAGUUGGAAUAGCAAAGCGGUUGGUCAGAGCUGCGAUUGAGGAGGCUGCAAGGAAAAGAGAAUUGAGAUAUGAGGACAUAAAAAGAAUUGAAAAGGGGGUAAGGCGCCAUUUCCAUGAUGACAUCACCGUCAUCGUGAUAUUCCUGGAUCAUUCACAAGUUUCCCCAAAUGCUAGUUUGAAGGAUCCGAGCCUCUUCAACUGCACCAGUGUUCCUGUUGAUAUCUUCUCCAUGAACGGCGAUGAAGCCGAUGUGCAGCAGGCUGCUAGAUUUUACAGGAAGGGUUUGGUUGUGUACAUAGUUUGGUGGCAGAUUGAAGGUGCUGUUGACUUCUCAGCUAGCCCUAGUGCAAGGAAGUUAUGCAGGUGCGGGGGAUAUAUCAAAACCUGGACUUCAUGGACUGAUUUAAAUCUUGGGAGAAGAUUUGAGGCUUGUGAGAUAAGCCGAAGAAACAGAGGAAAUCGGCAUCAUUGGGAGUGGCUGGACGCAUCGACUUGUGCAAGAGGAAAAGAACUAAUUCCUGGGUUGCUGAGAAUAAUGAGAGCAAUGGAAGAUGACCUAAAGUUAAUAGAAGAACAGAAGAAAGAAGUGGAAGAUAAGCUGAAAAUGGUGGAUAGAGAAAAAAAGGAAUUGGAGUACAAAGUUGGAGAAUUAGGCAAGCAGAAAAGAAUAGGUCAAUGA